AUGAAACUCUCGCGUGAAGAAUACGCUUCUAAUUCAGACAACCAGGUAGUCCUGCCACCUCCGUUACAAUUUCCGAUUCUUGGUCCCAUCGACGCACCUGAAGAAUCACCCCCGACUUUCCAUCAACUUCUGUUGGUGUUGAACUACAUCUUCAUCUCUGCAAUGCUUCCUAAAGAUGAUGCGGCCAUAUGGCGAAUUGUCUUUCGUCAAUCAGCUGACUAG